GGUAAACCUGGGCCCCUAGAGCUUGUUGUCGGAACAUGGGUUCUUCUGUCCUGUGGGUGAAUACCAGACCCCACGCUUCCACACAUGUGAUCUAUCACGUGAGCAAGGAAAAGGAAGAACUAACCCAUCUUAGGUUAGGCAUGUUUCCUGCCUUGACACCGAAAACAGUUGGGCUUGUUUGCUUGGACCUCAUCCUCAGAUACCGAGUUUCAAAAUAGAGGGAAUUGUCCACCUCGCUUGUUUACAAUGACCAACCAACAUGUCAGUCAACUACAGUCAGAGAUAGCAGCCGUCGACAAUUUUCGGUCUACACGCGUAUUUGAAGACGAAUCGCCGGGUGAGGGCAGUCAAAGGUAUCCGAAUCAGGAAGUAACUCAAUCGCGCCAGCGGCCCAACAGAGAGCGACAACCACCUGAAGAAGAGCAGCGACCACGAGAAGACGCUGAGGAAGAACCGAAGCGCGAUCGUUACUCUAACAGUUCGUUUACGCGGCCAGACACAAGCAAUGCAGCUCCUAUUGGGAGAAAUCUGGAUGCAUUUCGGAACAGUUUCCGGGAAGCAUGCCAAAACCUAGGUCUGGCCGUAACACUGGACUCUUUGGACUCUUUUGGCGCUGAAGACACUCAAAACUUGAUACUUGACUUGAUUUCGGCACUACGAGCUCUACCAGACAUGCGGAGGCUCCCUUCAGCGAACGGCCGAAAAAACCUACUUAGCGAUCUCUUACGACUCAAUGUUCUGAUCAGUUCCGAUGAUUUUGAGGUAGAACAAUUCAAGUCGCUACUCAACGCAGUUUUGAAUAAGCAAUCGGAUAACAUCAUUUGGGACCAACUAUAUGCUACUGUCCGCGAAUCUACACCCCCACCGUCAGCCUUACCAGUGCUUGAUCAAACACCAUUCCUACACACGACAAGCAGUUUGGUUAAUUCUUCUGAGCAUCGGAGCAAUUUUGACGGCAUACUAAAGGAGGAGCUCGGCCCAAUCUAUAUCGGUGUACCCGGAUUCCACGAUGCUUUCUUUGGCCAAAUGGAAGGCCUCCGGGAUACCGCUGCGACCGUCUACGCGAAAUGCAAGGGAGGACCAGAGCCACUGUUUAAGGAAGACAAUGGUUGGAAGCAUUGGCCGGUGAAUGCUAAAGAGAAAGAUGUUUUAGAAUGGCUGAGAGGACAGGUCCGUCUUCUCCAUGACCUUGCGGUCGAAGCCGGGCUUCCUAGAGUUACAACUCGUACAAUUUUGGCGCAGCCGAAUCAACCCUUGCGGGGAUCAAAAGCUGAUCGAAAGCUAGAUGUUGGAUUUGUCCAGAGAACGGACGGUAACACCAAUUAUAGCUGGUCGGAUGUCAUGGUAUUGGGCGAAUUGAAAAGCAACGCGAAAGCAGAUACUGCGUCGAGGACGUGGCAUGAUUUGGGGCGUUAUGCAAGGGAAGUCCUAACAGCCCAAGACACAAGGCUGUUUGCAUUAGGAUUCUCGCUGUGUGGUUCCAUUAUGCGCUUAUGGGCGUUCGACCGCGUUGGGGUCAUUGCUUCAUCACCAUUCGAUAUCAACGAAGACGGGCAACAGUUCGUCCUGUCCAUGCUUGGUUUCUUGCAUAUGGAUCACACACGGCUCGGGUUUGAUCCUACUAUUCUUACGUCGUCCGAUGGUAGACGAUAUAUACAAAUCGUGCGUGACGGCCAGAGCGAACGCCUUGUGAUUGAUAAACUUGUGCGGCGCGCCCAAUGUGUUGCUGGUAGGGCUACGACGUGUUGGAAAGCUCACCGCGAAGGUGAUGAGGCCGACAUACCACUAGUGAUCAAAGACUCCUGGCAGUAUCCAGAGCGCGAUGAAGAGGGGGAACUUCUACGUGAAGCAGCAGCCAAGGGCGUAGUCAAUGUGGCUAGGUAUUACUACCAUGAAACAGUCCGGGUAGACGGAAGAAUUGACAAUAUCCGUGACAACAUUCGCCGGGGGCUUGAUGUGAGGAAAGCUGCAAAUUACCGACCGACACACUCUGAAAGGUCGCCGUCUGCGAGCACAGCGGACACGGUAAGAACGGGCCGUCCAACAAACACAGUAGGCCGCAAGAGGUCAUCCAGCCAUGCUGGCGCUGGUCAGCCAGCCAGUAAACGCACCUGUUCAAGCUCCCCUUCGAAAUUUGCAAACCUUGAUGUGCCAAAUCGGGUUCAUCGUCGUGUUGUCGUGCGUGAUUAUGGGACAGCUAUAUACAAGGCCAGAUCGCCCAUUUCCAUGCUCUCUGCACUGGAAAGCUGUAUAGAAGGUUACAAAUCCCUGCAUAUGAAGGCUGGACUGUUGCAAGGUGAUAUCUCGACGGGAAAUCUGAUUUUGAAUCAAGAAGAAAACCCAUCUUGGCCCGCUUUUCUCAUUGAUCUGGACCUUGCCAUCAGAGAACAGCGCGAAGGGCCCUCCGGGGCGAGAGCCAAGACAGGAACAAGGGCGUUCAUGGCGAUAGGUCUUCUACUGGGCGAGAGGCAUUCCUUUAUGCACGACUUGGAAUCCUUCUUUUGGGUUAUUCUUUGGAUAUGCAUACAUUACGAUGGGUCGAAUGGUAGCCGAGUUGUGCCUAGGUUCGAAAAAUGGAACUACGCGGAUAUGGAAGAGUUGGCUGGCAUGAAACUUGGAGUUGUGGCUAAGGAAUCCAUUUUCCUCAAGGUCGCGACAGACAAUUUCACUUCCCAUUAUGAAGCCCUCAUUCCAUGGGUUAACCGGCUGCGAAAGGAGGUUUUUCCACUGGAUAAACCGUGGGAGAAGGAGGAUCUCAGGCUCUAUGACAGGUUUCAAACCGUCCUCAGCCAGGCGCAAAGAGAUCCGUCAAUUCAAUAACGAAGCACAACCAUAUUCUCAGGAAAACAAGCAACAAUACUACCACGUUGUUCUACAGUCGCCAUGGAUCCUACGCCGUCUACUCCCAACACCGGGAAGUUGAUGUCAGCACCAAAUACGAGAGGGGACGGACAGCACUGCCGUGGACAGUGCGAAGGAGCCUCAAGAACAUUCAAGCAUAACUUAUUGAGGUUCACGCAACACGAAAGAAAAUCCGGCAAUUCAACUGCUUCAUUCUUCGCAGGUCACUAAUUAUCUUUCGCGUUUGUUUGUGACAAAUGCUUCGGACCGCGAGUCCAUUUAUCUUUACGAAGCACAUAUUUCCUCUGGGAUUCUCAGGAUGCUUGACAGCCCAAGUACUACGACGUUCGUGAAUUGGCCGACGAUCAACGGCGAAGAAUCCCGU